UGGUGGGAAAUCUCUAGGUCUUGACUAUCUCCUCUGGUAACAUCGUGAUGGCUUAUAAAGAGAGAACCCCCCGGACCGAGACUUGGCAUGUCUUGGAAGGUAUAUGCAAUGACCUGGACCGAUCCUCGGCAGAAGGCGGAGAAGUGCGACAUGAGAACAGAGCGACUACAUAAGGAGGAUGAUAGCAAAAUGCUCGGAUCCUUCUGCUUGCUUACCGCCAGCACGGCUCUUAUCGACUUCCAUCGUUCAAGAUCGUGCCAAGCCGCUGCUAUCGAGUUGAUUCCAAUCUUUAUCCAUGAAAAAGCAGGAUGCCGGGCUCAGCGGUCUCCCACAUGAGCUGAUUGACGCCAUCGUGGAUGAAAAUCAAGACGACAGGGCUACCUUGCGUGCCUGUUCUCUCGUUAACCAUUCAUGGACAUAUUCUUCGCAACGUCAUAUCUUCUCUCGGGUCAGCUUCAAUAAUAAACGAACAAACUACUUCAUCCAGAGACGAAGUCAGCGCACUAUUGAACAAUUCUACGCGCUCAUAUGCGCACAGCCUCGUAUCGCCACAUUUGUUCAAGCUGUCGAGAUUUCGCCGCUGCUCGACGUGCAACUUCUCGCGCGCAUUCUCGAAAAACUGACCAGACUCGAAAGUAUAUCAGUCGAUCUUUGUGAGUAUCGCUGGGAUGAGCUUUCACUAUACCUGCGGGAUACCCUCGCCGCCACCCUUCGCUCCCCACGAAUAACUAAUCUCGAGCUCCGUGAAGGACAGUUCCUUCACUGUACGGAUUUCUUGGCCCUUUUGGGAGGUAGCGGACAUCUCAAACAGCUGACCUUGUCCGGUGUGUCGUGUGGUAGCUUCUCUGACUCUCAAAUAAGAGCCAAGAAUACGAGCGGACUGAAACUGAAAUCACUCGCGAUCAGUUUGUACGAACAUUCGCACUUUCCGCUGCUGAGAUUGCUGCAGUCCUCAGUCAACCUGAGCAGUCUCCACCGACUAGCAGUGCUCACGGCUGGAACGGGACAUCCUGGGGAGCGCGUGGGCAUCACCAAGGAGUUUUUAAGGCGAUUGAAUGGAAGUCUAUUGAAGCAACUGGUUCUGAAUGUCUGCCUCGGAGAACCUCUGUCAAACCUAAUUGAUGUAUCUCAGCUUCGUUCGAUACGCAUUAAGCUGUGGUGGAUGCGUUUGGACCAGCAUACGAGGCCAAGCGAAUGGCUACGAUGGAUGUCUGCGAUAUUUCGGGAGCUCGUGCAGUGGCAUACAGUGGAGGAGGUCACGUUCGAGAUCUUUUAUGCAAGUGAUUUCACGAUGUACAUCGAUGAAUGGGUUGCGCUGGACGCAGUGCUGGGGAGAUUACAAUCAUUGAGGAAGGUACAUCUCAGGUUGGAUAAAUAUGACGGCGCAAGGGCGCGGUGGAGGCAUGCGAGGGAGUAUCCGGGCUCCCUUGAAGACGACGCGAAGGGAGUUUUACCAACGUUGGCGCAAAAAAAGAUUCUUUUUGUUGAGGUUGCUGCUAAUUUCCCCUGCUAAUAACAUUGGAUACCUACAUGAAGUUCUGCUUUCUCCUCGUCCAUGCUUCUCCAACAAAGCCUGCAAAUGAUUUGGGCAGACCGUGUCGACUACCUAUUUGUUGUGUUAAUUCUCCGCAUCCUAAUCCUCAUCAGAGGUCGGCCGGCAAUCCCGGACCCUAGUAGGCAAUGCCACAUUUCUUGAACUCGUUUUGAA